CGCACCAGGUGGGAGGAGCACCCAGCCCAGGAGCUGUGCUGGCAAUAAAAGCGGAUGCCGCGUGAGGGCUGGGCCCGGGUGGCAGGUGCGGUGACCAGGGCCGCUUUCCGAGACGCAGCAGGAACGAGCCCGGAGGCUUUCCUGUCUGAAAAACCCAUCAUGGGACGCUCGGCUGUCCUCCUGGCCGUGGCCCUGGCCACCCUCCUGGCUCCGGGGACAGGGGCUCCCGUCGGCAGGAAGGUCUCCCGGAAUAAGCUGUUGCUGGUGUCCUUUGACGGCUUCCGCUGGGACUACGACCAGGACGUACCCACCCCCAACCUGGACGCCAUGGCACUCGACGGGGUGAAAGCACGCUACAUGACCCCGGCCUUCGUCACCAUGACCAGCCCCUGCCACUUCACCCUGGUCACUGGCAAAUACAUCGAGAACCACGGCGUGGUUCACAACAUGUACUACAACACCACCAGCAAGGUGAAGCUGCCCUACCACGCCACGCUGGGCGUCCAGAUGUGGUGGGACAAUGGCAGCUUACCCAUCUGGAUCACAGCCCAGAGGCAGGGCUUAAAGACCGGCUCCUUCUUCUACCCUGGCGGGAACGUCACCUACCAAAACGUGGCCGUGACGCUGAGCCGGAAGGAAGGCGCUCUGCACAACUACGGAAACGAGGAGGAGUGGAAAGCCAACAUCGACACGGUGAUGACCUGGUUCACGGGGGAGGGCCUGGACCUGGUCACACUCUACUUCGGGGAGCCGGACUCCACGGGCCACAAGUACGGCCCCGAGUCCCAGCAGAGGAAGGACAUGGUGAUGCAGGUGGACAGGACCGUGGGCUACCUCCGGGACAGCAUCAGGAGCAGCGGCCUGGAGGACAGCCUCAACCUGAUCGUCACAUCCGACCACGGCAUGACCACCGUCCACAAGCAGGCCCAGGACCUGGUGGAGUUCCACAAGUUCCCCAACUUCACCUUCAAGGACAUCGAGUUUGAGCUCCUGGACUACGGGCCGAACGGGAUGCUGCUCCCCAAGGAGGGCAAGCUGGAGAAGGUGUACGAGGUCCUCAAGGACGCCCACCCCAAACUCCACGUCUUCAAGAAGGAGUCCUUCCCCUCGUCCCUCCACUACGCCAACAACUCCAGGAUCACCCCCUUGCUCAUGUUCAGCGACCCUGGCUACGUCAUCCACGGGAGACUGAGCGUGCAAUUCAACAAGGGGGAACACGGCUUUCACAACAACGUCACGGACAUGAAGACCAUCUUCCGGGCCGUGGGCCCCAGCUUCAAGCGGGGCCUGGAGGUGGAGCCCUUCGAGAGCGUCCACGUGUACGAGCUCAUGUGCAAGCUGCUGGGCAUCGUGCCCGAGGCCAACGACGGGUCCCUCAGCGUCCUGCUGCCCACACUGCAGGAAACCGGCCACGGGCCCCUCAGCACCGUGCCGCCCACACUGCCGGAAACCGGCCACGGGCCCCUCAGCACCAUGCCGCCCACACUGCCGGAAACCGGCCACGGGCCCCUCAGCACCGUGCCGCCCACGUCCCCCUCAGGGUUUGCCCUCAUGCCACGUGGCUGGUGCCCCUUGGUGAUGGGACUCUCAGUGGCUACGAUUCUUCUGGCCAAGGUCGCAUAAUGCCGCUCAAGGCCCGCCUCUUCCAGGAAGCCUCCAGAAGCUGCCCUCUCAAUGCGUGAGUCCGCUGGACACGGAUGGGCCUUUAAUCCCAACUUGACCACAGACCUCAGUGUCCCCACAGCCCCAGCUCAUCCUCAGUCGUUCUGGUGCUGGCAGUGGGGCCCCUGCCCAGGUCCGGGGCGGCGCAGGGUCCCCCUCCCCUCCCCUCUCCCCUUCUUCCCACAGGCCCCGCCCCACAAGCCGUGCCGUCUGCGGCCACGCGGGGGCGCGCGGGAGCCCCGCGCGGGAAGGUCCGGCGGCCCGGCUCCAGCUUCCACCCGGGGCGCAGGGCCGGUGGCGGGGACGCUGUGCCUGAUCGAGUCCGCACCCCGGUCCCCGCCGGCUCCUGCUCCAGGGGGAAUGAAGGACAGCCUAGCCGCUGCAGUCACAGUACCCACCGUGGCUACAGGCCUUUUGCUCCAAAGCCUGCUGGGUUUUCUUACAGCCCAACCAGUUGGCCCCAGCGUGUGAUGCAUUCCUGACAACUUAGGACGACUAACCACCCCCCACCCCCACCCCCGGGAACCCAUCCGCUCUUCCUGAGGGACAGGCUCUGGUUGGCCUUGCCAAGGAGAGGUGGCACAAGGGGGUGGGGCUAGAAGGCUCUUUGUGAACUGACAGGGAACCACAUCAUUGCUCAGCCAAAAAAAUAAAAGUAAUUUAAAAA